ACACACCUUAAACACACCUCCACUCCGCCCGCAGCAUCCCCCAACCGCCGCCUCCAAACAGCCGCAGAGCGCCGGGUCGCGCCAUGGCAUUCUGACCUCGGCGCUCCCGCACUCGGAUAGCGAGCUGGACGUCUCCAGUCUGUCCAGCUUGGAGCUUUGCAUCGCGCCGCCACCGCCGCUCUUCAGUACCCAACGGCCCAACCGCACCAGAACCACAGCGGUGGGCGUCACCACGAGUCCUCGCCACGCGCCAAGGCACGCCAUCAGCCGUGGCAACGAGGGUUUCCUGCCACAUCAAAGCCCAGCAGCAGCAAGGAAACACUCACCCGCCCGCGGCCUCAGAGGGGAUCGUCACACUCGGAGCCACCGUCCGCCGCCCGCCGCCCCUCCAAAGGGCAUCCUGAAGCAGCCCGCCUCGCUGGGGGUGGAGCACGCUUAUGACAUCAUCAGGAAGUCAAAGUCAGUGGAGCUGCUGGAUGACAGCACGGGGCGGAGCAGCUCUGCCCGUCAUCUGCCCACUCGGUCUUUGGACCGGACGGAGCAGCGGGUGCCGGUCUCGCGGCGGUCCUCGGACCCGCCCUCCCCCUGUAGGACCAACUGGAACUGGAAGAUGCAGGUUCUGGAGGAGAAGGUCCGCUUUUCUAACUUCCUGGAUGAGAUCACCUCUCGGGUUAUGAGCCCCGCCCACCUUACGCUGCUUGGCAGGACGUCCUCCACAGAGCAGGGGAGCCCUGCCCCCCGGCGCCACCGCCGCUCCACACCCAGGAAGCAGCAGCGGGCAGAGGGAGCGCCCGCUGUCCGGACUCGCCGCUGGGAUGACUGGGUGUCGUCUGUGCAGCGGCCUGGCAGCUGGUACCAGCCCCUGCAGGAGGACGGGGCAGGACGGGAAACCCUGCAUCACAAGGGUGACAUCCUGGAGAGGGCGGGGCCUAAAGAGGAAGUAAUGGGGGUAAAGAUGGAGACAAAAGAGUCACAGAGACACAAACAAAGACCUGUUUCUAAUCAGUCUCUUCUGGCUCACAUCAAGGAGGCUUUAUCAGACUCUGACAGGAUCAGAAUCCUCCAGCAGCAGAAUGAGGACCUGCAGCGCCGCCUCUCUCUCUCCACCCACAAGAUGGAGGCCAUGGAGGCGGAGUUUGAUGGCAGCCGUCACUACAUGGAGGCGGAGCUCAGCCGGACCAGAGACGACCUGGACAAGAUGAGGGACAAGUUCCGCAGACUCCAGAACAGCUACACGGCGUCUCAGAGAGCCAAUCAGGAUCUGGAGGAGAAGCUUCACGCUCUGGCUGCCGUCAGUCAGACAUGGGUUCAUGCACUACGGAAGGUGGAGAGGGACAAAAAGACAAUGGACCAGGAGAUCGUGGAGCUCACCAACAAACUGCUGGACGCCAAGAACACCAUCGACCGACUGGAGGAGCUCAAUGAGCGUUACAGACAGGACUGUAAUCUCGCCGUCCAGCUGCUCAAAUGCAACAAAUCACAUUUCAGGAACCACAAAUUCGCUGAUCUGCCCUAUGAGCUGCAGGAAAUGCUGAAUAAACACAUGAAGAGCAGCCUUCCUGAGCAAGGCCCCGCCCCCGGAGCUCAGGACCCGGACACGCUCAGUCUGACUCCCGCUGACGUGGUGCCGACCUCCGUCAUCGCCCGUGUCCUGGAGAAACCAGAGCCGCUGGUCCUGAACUCGGCCCAGUCCAGUAGCAGCUGCGGCCGGCCGGUCGCCGAGGACGUCUUCGUUCACGUGGACAUGACGGGCCCGGCCGCGGGGGCCGACGGCCGCGGCCGGGAGAACUGCGGCAGUCAGGAGGCGGCGCAGCAGAACGGUUCCUGCCGCAGUCAGAGCAGUUUGGACGGGCAGUCGGGUGGCGAGGAGGCAGGUGGCGCUCCGUCCUUUGAGAAGCUGAACCCGUACCCGGUCCCGCCGCCCCCCCACCCGCUGUACCCCGGACGCAAAGUCAUCGAGUUCUCGUCCGACGACAAAGUGAAGAUCCCCAAAAACUCCCCGCUGCCCAACUGCACGUACGCCACGCGGCAGGCCAUCUCCCUCAGCCUCGUGCAGAACGACGACGAGAGGCUGGCCCCCGGAAGCCCCGCCCCCUCCUCCUCCUCCGGUGGGGGCGUCCACCAGCGCACACCGCCGUCACACCGCGACGCCACCAGCGAGCCACUGUCCAGCCAGUCGAGCCCGUUCAGCAGCCCGCCGCAGGCUCCCAGCGUCCUGGCGAGCUCCGGCAGCUCUGAGGAGGACCUUCUGGCCAACUGGCAGCGGAUGUUCGUGGAGAAGAUGGCGCCAUCCUGCGACGGCUCCGUGGUCCACCGGACGUCCUUCAGCAGUCAGACGGCUCAGGAGCUGCAGAGGAGGAGGCCGGCACCGGGACCCGGGGCUUCGUCCACCUCCGACCGCCACAGGGCCGCGUACUCGGACGGCGAGGAGGGUUCGUCGGCGCGCAGCUGGACGCCGAGCCGUGGCUCUAGCCUCGACACCGACACCGACACCGAGCCCCGGUCCGGCAGGAGGGGGCGCUACGGUGGCGACGGUUCCACGGAGGAGGGCGAGAGGCUGCUGAUGAACCUGGAGGAUGAUGGUGGCAGCGGGGACACGGCGGUCACCGUGGCGACCAGCCCCGCCGACGCCCGCAGUAAGGAGCUGGAGGAGGAGGAGGGGGAGAGCUCAACCGAGGAGAGAGACGUCCUCCCCCGCGACCUGCCCGUCAUCUCACCCCGCCUCCUGGACUUUGACCCCGCCCUCGCCGCCGUCCCGCAGCGGCCGCAGAAGAGCCCGAAGAGGAUGGGCGUGCACCACCUGCACCGCAAAGACAGCCUGACCCGAGCCCAGGAGCAAGGCACGCUGCUGGACUGACGGUCGCUCGCCCCACACUGUGCUCCCUCAGCCUCCGUCUGUCUCCACGGCAACAGACUCGUCUGCCUCAGAGGUCAGAGGUCACGCCCAUCCAGGAUAUAGCCAUACUCUACCGUAUGCUGCCGAGCUCGCCGCCUGACCUGUGUGUGUGUGUGUGUGUGUGUGUGUGUGUGUGUGUGUGACCGAUCAGUUCUAUUGAUCAGCUGAUAAUCAAUGAAGCAGCUGAUCAGUUGGUCUUAUAAAACAGUAUUUUAAAGGUAAACUAAAAUUAAAGUUACUUUUCUUUAAAGUAAUCUGAUUACAUCAGACUUCAAUCAGCUGAUUAAACUACAAUACAUUGAUUAUUGGAAAUUCUGAAUAAUCAGUAUUAGCCCCAUAUCGGUGUGUGUGUGUGUGUGUGUGUGUGUGUGUGUGUGUGUGUGUGUGUGUGUGUGUGUGUGUGCAAAAAAAAAAAAAAAACAACUAAAAUCUUUACGGACGUCUUUGCCUUGUUUCCUGACCGGGAGCUUUUAUUUUGAAGAGAACAGAUGAGACACACACACACUGUCAGUGCCUGUCUCUCUCUCUGCCUGUCUCUCUCUCUCUCUCUCUGUCUGCCUGUGUCUCUCUCUGUCUCCCUGUCUCUCUCUCUGUCUCUCUCUCUCUCUGUCUGCCUGUCUCUCUCUCUGUCUCCCUGUCUCUCUCUCUGUCUCUCUCUCUCUCUGUCUGCCUGUCUCUCUCUCUGUCUCCCUGUCUCUCUCUCUGUCUCUCUCUCUCUCUGUCUGUCUGUCUCUCUGAGGUUGCGAGUACGACGCCGGGCUACGAAGGUCAGACUUUUAUUUUCUCGUCUCUACUAAUCAUUGAUUUCCUGUCAUGCUGUGUUUAUUAUUUAGUCACCUGAUUGGUUUGUUGGUUUCGUCUGAGGUUUGACCUUUAACCCUGACUGACCUCUGCCCCCCCCCCACUCUGACUGUACCUGCAGGGGGGCGGAGCUUCUCCCAUCACGUUGUUGUUUUGUGGUUUAUCACCUUUUUUGUUGUGAUCUGAUUAUUAAGAGAUUAUUUUUGUUUGGAUUUGAUUUGUUGUUUAUUUGAUGACUGUCAUGUAGACAUGGUUCUACGGAGGCCUGUUAGUGCCAGAAACUGAUGAUUUAAAUCAGUAAUCAUUUAUCAAUAAUAUAAAUAAAUAUUGGAGACAAACUAAAAUCUAACAAAAUGUUUAAAUGGUUUGAAGGUAACCAUUACUGAUUGAUUGAUUGAUUGAUUGAUUGAUUACUGAUUGAUUACCACCAGCUAAAAGCAAGCUGUUUGUCAACAUAUUGAUUGAUUAGAUUUCAGUAUAAAAAUACUAAUAAAUUGAUUUUGAUUUGUUUUAGCAUUUAUUUUAUGUUAGUUUUUCUUUAGUGAAAAAAAUUAUUUACUUUAAACAGUUUUAAAUAAACAUUAUAUCAGGAUAUAAAGUUAAAACAAAUUGUACAUGCUUGAUUCCAAGAUUGAAGUUGUAUUGAUUAUUGAUCCAGACCUGAUAAUCUCAUUAGAAAUAUUAAUAAUGUGUUUACUGGCCCUCCCGAGCCUCCGUACUUUAGCUGUAACCUUGUUUUUCUCCUCUGAGGUCACUGGUUGAAUGUUGGCUCGCUGAUUGUGACUCUCACCAAGGACCAAUGAUCACUGAUUGAUUGAUUGAUUGAUUGAUUGAUUGAUUGAUUGAUUGAAGACCUAAACAGUUUUGUUUGAGACUUUUCAACCUCCAUGUUUUCACAGGAAGUGAUCGAGUAUUGAUCAGCUCUGAACUUAAUGAUUUUAAAGUACUGAAAAGUGUCCAUGUUUGAAGUCUGAUCGAUGUGUUGGUAUUGAUCUGUUUUCUGUAUUAAUCACCAAUUAAUGAUCUUCUCUGAACAGUAUUGAUCUUGUUUAUGAAGUUAAACACGACGCACACAGUCUCUCCUGGUGCAUUAUGGGAUGUGUACGCUGUCAGAGUGCAUGAUGGGACACAGACAGACGUUAUUGAUCUAGCGCAUUACAGCAGAACAGGUAGAACCUGCAGAUGUUCUGGAGCUUUUUACUGGCUCACAUGGUCUUCUUCAGAGUGAUAAACAAUAAAACAAAGAACUGAGAAAUACACAAGAAGUAUGACCUGCUCAGAUUUCAGGGUUAGCCUAGCUUAGCAUAAAGUCUGGAAACACUGGAACACUGGCGGCAGCGUUGGUGGUAGCGUUGGUGGUAGCAGUGUUGGCAGCGUUGGUGGUAGCGUUGGUGGCAGCGUUGGUGGCAGCGUUGGUGGCAGCGUUGUUGGGAGCGUUGGUGGCAGCGUUGUUGGGAGCGUUGGCGGCAGCGAUGGUGGCAGGAUUGGGAGCAGCGUUGGUGGCAGGUUGGCGGCAGCGUUGGUGGCAGCGUUGGUGGCAGCGUUGGCGGCAGCGUUGGUGGCAGCGUUGGUGGCAGCGUUGGUAGCAGAGUUGGUGGUAGUGUUGGCGGCAGAGUUGGCAGCGUUGGUGGCAGGUUGGCGGCAGCGUUGGUGGCAGCGUUGGUGGCAGGUUGGCGGCAGCGUUGGUAGCAGCGUUGGUAGCAGAGUUGGUGGUAGCGUUGGCGGCAGCGUUGGCAGCGUUGGUAGCAGCGUUGGUAGCGUUGGCUGAAUAAAAGACUUUAAAAAGACAGGAAGUGAAAUAAAAAUGUAUAAAUGCAGAAAUAUAAAGGUUUUCUACGGUGGCCCACAGGGGCAAAUAUAAUAAUACUACACUGUAAAAAACUCAAGGCAGCUGUCUUCAUUAAGUCUUAUUGUUGUUAUAUAAUGGUUAAAAUCCUUCAACAGUAAAUUAAAAAGCUAAUUACCUCAACAAAAAAUAAUAAUCGGCAAAAACUUUUUUAGUUUAUUAAAAAAAAUUAAAUUUCCAUGAAAUUAUCUUUAUUUUUUUUUACAGUGUUUAUUAUUUAUAAUUAUUAAAUAUUCUCUCUGAUAAUUUCACCACUGUUCACUCUUUUAAUAGAAAUGUUUUGUCCUUGUGGGCCACCGUACUCUGUCCUCCAUUGUUCUGACAGUCGUUCUGUGUCCCAGCAUGCAUCAGGAGGUCUGUGUGCACUGAAUACUCUUCGUACAGUCUGAAGGUUUAACUAAAACUUUUUAUUUUUCUGUAUUUCUUAUUUUGUCACAUGGGUUGCGUUCAUGUCCAGUGGGAGUUUCCAGUUUCUGACUUGUUAACAGCUUCAGUAAAUCCGACUUCCAUUUUUAGACUAAAUAUUAUUUUAAAUGUUUGCUAACGCUAACGCUAACUCACCGUAUUAUUAACGUUCAGAAUGUGUGUUUAAAUAUUAAAUGGAGUACAUACUAAAGGUUAAAGGUUAUUGAUCCGGAUUUACUGGAUAAAAUGUUUCAUUAUUAAUUCACAUUAUUUUUAACUCAAGUCAUCAAAUUAGUUUUUACAUGACGUUUUUCCGACAUGCCAUGAACGCAGCAUUAGCAGGCACUUAGAAUUUAUACUCAAAGCUAAUCGAAGCUAAUAGAAGCUAAUAAAAGCUUCUACUAGCCUCAUUAGCUUCUACUAGCCUCAUUAGCUAGCAUCCUAAAGAGAGUUUGUCACUAACUGAUUUUCUCUUCUGCAUCAGGACACUCAGUUAUUCUGAUAUUGUGUCCGAGUAUCGAGGUUUGUUGCUAACGAUGUCGUUAAAUUAAAACUGUUGAACUGAUUCACCUCAAACAUUAAAUUAUAUAUUUAUAUUAUAUAAUAUUUAUAUGAUAUAUAAUGUAUACGGGUCUGAAACAUGCUAGCUCUGCUGUUAACAACUGAAACAAGUUACUAACCCGUGAAAGCUAAUUAAAGCUCAUGUAUCAUUAUACUGCUAAUGCUAGUAGCUGUUAGCGAGUGAGCUAAUGUUGUUUAUGAUGGAAAAUGGUUUCCUACGAUGAGUUAGCUAACAUGCUAACAUUCGUAGCAUCGGUUAGCUGCCAUACGGCACACAGCUAGCUAAAGUAGCUCACUAGCUAAAAAAGGAAAAGAUGAGAUGUUACCAUGGUUACCAAAAACAAGUCAUAAAAUUAUAGUAACCUCAGCUAGCAGGUUAGCGAAGUUUAGCUCAACCUUGGUAACCCCUGACCGUGACCCCCUGACCCUAACCCGUGACCCCUGACCCUAACCCGUGACCCCCUGACCCUAACCCGUGACCCCUGACCCUAGCUGUAAUGAAAGAAGCUAAAGUUGUUAAUGUUCUGAUUCAGUAGAGAAACCAGGAAGUGACACAUCUGAACUAGCUUUUGGUUAGCCUCCAAUGCUAAUGCUAACACUGUGUUAGCCUGUGUGCUAAUGCUAACACUGUGUUAGCCUGUGUAAUCAGAUUUGUUAGAAACUGAACAGUGCUGGUUAGCUGGUUAGCUAACGUGUUUCUGGACCUCCAACAUGGCCGCCGGGGACUACCGGGUCCUUCAUUCAGGACGUGGACUCACCUGAGGACAAAUUAAUGUUUGUAAGAACCGGAGCGGAACCGGAACCGGAGGAGGAACUGAGGACCGACUGAUUGUAGCCCCGCCCCCUCCUCGCGGUCCGCCCACAGGUGCUGUCACUCACUCAGCUCAUUGACCUCUGACCCCAGCUGUGGUGCUUUCAGGGUCACCUGAACUGUCUCUGGUUCCUCUGAUUGUUUGUUUCACUUCCUGUUCGGAGAUAAAACUACAAAAAGGAUAAAAAAACUACAGACUGUUAAACUCUACUAACGAUUUUAUUUUCUGAAUUUGUAAACGAUGUAUAUUUUAAAACAAAUAAAAUAUUUUAAACGUA